CAAGCGGAUACUGUCCACGUCAUUACAGACGCUUUACAGCCGGCGAGCCUUUCAAAGUCUUGUGUCUGAGUUGAGUCCCUAAGAAACCAUGUCGGCCGUCAUAGGCAAACUGCUCUCACCUCUCAUUUGAUAUAAACGAAGUCUCCAUGAAAUAACAGGAAGGCUCGGCCUCAGCUAUGGCCAGCUCGGGUGCUGUACAGGUGAAACUGGAACUUGGUCAUCGUGCCCAGGUCAGAAAGAAACCCACGGUGGAAGGGUUCACCCACGACUGGAUGGUGUUUGUGCGAGGACCAGAGCACAGCAACAUCCAGCACUUUGUGGAGAAAGUGGUUUUUCAUCUGCACGAAAGCUUCCCGAAACCAAAGCGAGAUUAUGACUUGUUCCUCCACCUGGAAGGUCACCCGCCCGUCAAUCACCUCCGCUGUGAGAAGCUCACCUUCAACAAUCCAACAGAGGAGUUUCGUAGGAAGUUACUGAAAGCUGGAGGGCAACGAAAUCCUCACAAAAGAAGUUCAGAAGACUCAAAGGUAAGAUUUCUAACAGGCUUGUAGCUCAUGACUCCUCCUCCCUGUUACUGUUACCACCUCAGCAAUGACACAAUGUAGCAGCUAUUGUUGCUGCAGAUGUUGAACUUUGUUGUAGCACUUUAAUGUAAGGGAUUUCAGUCAAAACCAGUUGUUUCAAAUGUGUCCCGUUACUAAAUUGUGCACUUGAACGACUGUCAGAUCCACAUAACAUGCCUGCAGUCAUGGAAACACGGCGUUCACGGGGCAGUGUAUGUACGGCCCUGCUGCUCCACACCAGCAGUGGUUUUGGUUGUUUUCUUGUCUGGAGCUUUUACAUCUACGUUAACAUAGUGCGACUGUCUUCCUGGAGUUUGCCAAAAAUAACAGAGCAGCACAGUUGAGCUUUACAAAGCCACAAACCUGUGGUUGUGUAUGGACGGGACCAAAGUGCACAUGUUUGCUAU